UGCGACGAGCCGCGCUUUGACGUUUCACGCACCGGCGCACGUAAGCGGUCUUCCGGUCAGGGGCGGGCCCUGCUUCCGGCGCAGUGACUGACGACUUUCUUCGCGUCGUCCUCCUUUCCUUCCUUGGCGAAGGUUCGUCUCGGCCCGGCCAUGGCGCUGUCUCUGGGCGAGGUGGCUCCGGGCGGCGGCGGAGGAGCGGGUGGGAGCCGCUUGAGGCGGCAGCUGGAGUCCGGGAGCUACGCGGCCGAGGAGUACGUGAAGCAGCUCUCGCAGCAGUCGGACGGCGACCGGGACUUGCAGGAGCACCGCCAGCGCAUCCAGGCCCUGAGCGAGGAGACGGCGCAGAGCCUCAAGCGCAACGUCUACCAGAACUACCGGCAGUUCAUCGAGACGGCGCGCGAGAUCAGCUACCUGGAGAGCGAGAUGUACCAGCUCAGCCACAUCCUGACCGAGCAGAAGGGCAUCCUGGAGGCCGUCACCCAGGCGCUGUUGUUCUUGCAGGCCGACCGCGACGACCCCAGGGCGGCGGGGGCCGCCUCCUCCUCCUCGGACCCGCACGCCAACCCCUUCCUGCCCCUCUCGGCCAAGGAAGCCGCCGCGGCCAGCGAGGAGGGCCGCCAGCGCAGCCUGACCACCCUCCUGGAGAAGGUGGAGGGCUGCCGAGACCUGCUCCCCGAGAGCCCCGGCAAGUACCUGGUCUACAACGGGGACCUGGUGGAGUAUGACGCCGACCACAUGGUCCAGGUCCAGAAGGUACACGCCUUCCUGAUGAACGACUGCCUGCUGGUGGCGGCCUGGCUGCCCAACCGCCGGGGCACCUACCGCUACGACGCCCUCUACCCACUGGACGGGUUGGCCGUUGUGAAUGUCAAGGACAACCCACCCAUGAAAGACAUGUUCAAGCUGCUCAUGUUCCCUGAGAGCCGCAUCUUCCAGGCUGAGAAUGCCAAGAUCAAGAAGGAGUGGCUGGAGGUCCUGGAGGAGACCAAGCGGAGCCGCGUGCUGAGCGAGAAGCGAAGGCUGGAGCAGGAGGUGCCGGCGGCCCGCACGCCUCUCCCAGCCCCUCCAGAGGCCACCAACCCCUUUGAGGAGGAUGAGGAGGAAGCCGGAGAGGGGGGGACCCCAGAGGAAGAAGUGGUGGAUCUCUCCCUGGAGUGGAUUCAGGAGUUGCCUGAAGAUCUGGAUGUCUGCAUUGCCCAGCGAGACUUCGAAGGGGCAGUUGACUUGCUGGAUAAGCUGAAUGAGUAUCUAGGGGAUAAGCCCGUGACCCAGCCGGUCAGGGAGCUACGCGCCAAAGUUGAUGAGAGAAUCAGGCAGCUCACUGACGUGCUUGUGUUUGAGCUCUCACCAGAUAGGUCACUGCGAGGUGGGCCCAGAGCGACCCGUCGUGCUGUUUCUCAGCUCAUUCGGUUGGGUCAGUCAACCAAGGCGUGCGAACUUUUCCUGCGGAACAGGGAAGCGGCCGUUCACACAGCCAUCCGACAGUUGCGCAUUGAAGGUGCCACUCUACUGUACAUUCACAAGCUUUGCCAUGUCUUCUUCACCAGCCUGCUAGAAACUGCAAAGGAGUUUGAGACGGACUUUGCUGGAAACAGUGGGUGCUAUUCGGCUUUUGUUGUCUGGGCUCGAUCAGCAAUGAGGAUGUUCGUGGAUGCGUUUAGCAAGCAGGUGUUUGACAGUAAAGAGAGCUUAUCUACUGCUGCUGAAUGUGUAAAGGUGGCAAAGGAACACUGCAAGCAACUCAGUGAGAUUGGUCUGGACCUGACUUUCAUCAUUCACACCCUGUUAGUGAAAGAUAUCAAAGGUGCUUUGCAAAGCUACAAAGAUAUCAUCAUUGAGGCCACAAAGCAUCGCAACUCUGAAGAGAUGUGGAGGAAAAUGAACCUAAUGACACCAGAAGCUUUAGGGAAGCUUCGAGAAGAAAUGAGGAGCUGUGGAGUCACCAAUUUUGACCAGUACACUGGCGAUGAUUGCUGGGUGAACCUAAGCUACACAGUUGUGGCUUUCACCAAACAGACCAUGGCUUUCUUGGAGGAGGCUCUCAAACUCUACUUCCCAGAGUUGCACAUGGUUCUGCUGGAAAGUUUGCUGGAGAUCAUCUUUGUGGCGGUCCAGCAUGUUGAUUAUAGUUUACGCUGUGAACAAGACCCUGAAAAGAAGACAUUUAUUAGACAGAAUGCAUCUUUCCUUUAUGAAACCGUUCUUCCUGUAGUGGAAAAGCGGUUUGAAGAAGGAGUUGGAAAGCCAGCUAAGCAGCUGCAUGAUCUGAGGAAUGCUUCAAGACUAAUGCGUGUCAAUCCUGAAAGUACUACUUCUGUGGUGUGAACUGCAGUGCCUCGGUCCUUUUCAUAUUAAACUUUGUAUAUAUAUGUAUACACAACUUUUAUUCAACCCCCCUCCCGAUAGUAGCCAAAUUUGAUAAUGUUCUCUUUAACAGAUAAUGUAUUGAAAAGAACUGGGAAAGAAAAGAAAAGGGAAACUUAAAGUUAACAGUAUAGUUGGAAAACCACAUUCCCUCCAAAACUCUGGUUGUGCUACUUUAGGCCACAUGAUAUGGUUUGGUCUGGAACCAAGUUAAUCAAACGUAGUUAUGCUAAUUAGAAUAUGACCAAGAAUAACUGCUAAUGAAUAUUCAUUGGCUGUGUAGAAGUAUAAAUGAUAGGAUACACCUAGUAAUUUUAUUAUAUGGUGCUUCAGAGGAAGCCUAUUUGGGAAAGAAAAUGCAUGCUUGCAUUAUCUCUCUCAGAGCACUUGAGGGGAAAAUGGGGAAAACUUUAGCACAUACUGUAUUUCAAGAAGGGUGAUCUUAAAAUUCCUGUGAAAAGCAAAAUUGAAUUUUGCUUUUCACAGUGUACACCACAAGUCUAGGCAAAAGUAAAUAUUACUGUAAUUGUAAAGGGCUAAAGCCAAAUAUAUAUGUGAUUGGUAGCAGAUGAUAAUUGAAUACGAAUGUUAUGACAGACAGUUAUCCAAUGCUUGGAUUUUCGUGUAGUUUUGCCAGGGUCUUUGCCAUACUAUAACCAAAUCUGUUCGUUCAUUCUUUAAAAAUUCUACAUUCUUAAUUAGUUGUUUUAGAUACUCCAGAGAAAAUAGUGCAGUUCCCUGGUACAUAUGCCUGUGUAUAUGGUACAAAAUUUUCUUAUGCCAUACAUGACACCAGUGUUGAUAACUGUAAACCAUGAGCGGGUUGAUUAACUGUUCAUAUAGCAUAUAGGAAUGAUGGGAUGAAAACAUCAAUGAGAUAGUGUUUAAUUUUACAUGUUUCCAAUUCAGCCUAACACAGGGACACAGAAAGAUUUCAUGAUAAAGAAAAUUAUUCAUUUGCAAUUAAUUCCAGGGUGGAACAGGUGACUAACCAUGUAAAUGGAGCAAUAAAUGUUUUGCUUAUUGCAAGUGGAAAUAGGUAUGAACCCGUAUAUAAAAUGAGGAAGUAAAAGCAUAUAAGGAUGCUUUCACCAUAGCAGUCUUGCCUAUAGGUCUGCACACAGUGGUGUUCUGUAUAAAGUGGGUAAGUGGUGGGUUUUUUUUUCUUUUCUGUGUGAUUCUGUCCAAGUCUAAUGGUACAGCAUCUCUUAGUACAAUGCUGUUCAGAUGUUUUUGGUAUAUUGCUCUCAUCACCUCUGUGUCAGUUGGAAGAUAACAAGAAUUGGAACAUAAUUUACUUGGAGGGCAGAAAGUUGGGAAAGCUUAUCUCUUUAUGGUGACCUGCCUGUUCUGUAUUCAACCAGACUUAAUGGCACAAUGAGAUAGAUACUCCAAUUGGCCAGUUGUGAAUAAAAUGUGAAAUGUGGUGUCUGGGUAACAUGGUGAAACUUUUAAGGCCGUAUUUCACUAUUGUGACCUUUAGAUCGACAUAGUGGCGAUAUUGUGCCUUUGGUAGGAGGAAUGCAUCCCAGUCAAAACUAUUUGAAAGAAAACUUAUUUCCUUGGAGAGAAGAGAUGACCAUAAAGGAUUGAAUCGAUCAAUUGCUUGGUUUAAUGCAUAAUAUGAGGUAGGUUUCUCGUCUUGUUGAUAGCAGCUGGGUGAUAAAAAUACUUAUCCAAGUAUGGUUCAAGUGUACCUACAUUUCUUCAGCUUUUUUGUUCUCUAAAAGGAUGAUGGUAUAGAAAAUGUAGACAAAACUCACUGUGGAAUGCCUCAGUGGCACAUGGGCGUUUACACCAAAGAAGAUGAGAUAAAAAUGUAUCAGGAAAAAGUGAUAUUUCGGUCUCUCCAAAUUGUGUUUUUUGAAUAGAGUACACUUUAUAUUGUAAUAUUAGAAGAUCCAAGAAACUUCCCCUUCAGUAUACAUGUUGUAAUUUUGGGGAUCUAAGAAAUUGCCAUUUCAUUAACAGACAAGACUGUCAUCUGAUGAUCAGUAAAUAUCUAAAGAUGACCCUGAUUAUCUUUGUUUUGUCGAGCAGUUAUGAAUAAUCUUGAUAUUUAAUAAUUUAUUGUUAUGUUUAUGCCACACCCCAGAGUAUAUGGAGAUCAAAUUCUUUAUGAAAGAGAACAGUGAUAUAUACUUAAACUUGCCCGUCGGCCUGCAAUUGUAUGUUAACACAAAUAAUUGGAUUGAAAUAAAUAUGCCCUGAGAGUCUUUUGAAA